AUGUCGCGCUUUGCCGGUCGUCCCCUUGACCGCGUGUGGUUUACCUUCCUGGUCAUGCACCUGCCAACGACCCUCCUCGUCGACCUGCAGGUCCUCUACCCAGCCUCUUGGGUGGACGGCACCCCCAUGCAGCGCCUCGUGCAGUGGUACAUGGACAUGACCAAGGACCCCGUCCUCUCGGCAGGCUUCACUGGCGGGCCCGAGUGGGACUGGUUCCGCUCGUUCAUCUGCAUCGAGGCCUUCUUCCAGGCGCCGUGUUUUGCUAUUGGAGCUUAUAUGCUUUGGAAGAACGACCGCCGCGUGUAUCCCCUCCUCGUCGCGUACGGCGCGUCCACCGCCACGACCCUCGUUCCCGUCCUGCAGGCCCUGUUCGCUGCCGACAUCUCGACCGUCGAGCUCGGCAUGCUCCUCGGCUCGUACGUGCCCUUCCUUGUCCUCCCACUCGGCAUGGCCGUCGACUUUGGCUGCCGCCUCGUCAGCAUCGUCUCGCAGGCGGACGCAGCCAAGAAGCUCUAA